AAGAAUUUUAACUAUACUCGAAGAAAUUGCAACCACGCCGAAUGGUUUAUGAAAUGACGAAUAUUCUGGAAUGAUGUAUCAGAAAUUGCGAACAAAUCUUGAUUCCACAAGUUAGAAAAUUCUUCCACGAUCACGUAGAAUUUUACGGAACUAAGUUUAGAUUCCAAACGAGUGAGAUAUAUCAUUUUGAAGUAUGCACUCUGUUAUUGAAAUAACCUACGUACAUACACUAAUUUGGGCACAACUUCUUCGUUUGGAAUCAAAAUAACGAGCCGUUUGCGCCUACUGGAUCGUAAUGGAAAGAAGAACCCUUUAAAAGGUUGAUAUUUCAUGUCAGUGUAACUGACCACGUCGACCUGACAGAGGUACCAAGAACUAGAAAUUAAUGUCACUUUUUCUUUAGCAAGAUAUAUUUGAUUAAUGACAAAGCUAGAGAUAAGAGUUGCCUCCAACUACCUGUUAAAUGAAAGUAAUGUGGGUGGGGAAGCUUUGUCUCAGGAAGUCAUUAAACCAAAGCUAAAGAGCAUCACCAAACUUCCCACUCACCUUCCCACCAUUACUUCUUUAUCCACCAUACCAUCAUCUUCCACCUUAUGAUUCAAUCCAAAAGCCAAGCUAGCACAUGGAAACAGCGGCAUAAAUAGGCAGCAUCCACUGCUUCUUUUCCCCGGGAGAAACACCAAAACCAAAUUCCAUACUUUGCUCAUCCCCUGGUGAAGAGAGAAAGAGAGUGAAUAGAAAGAGAGUGAAAUUAAGGAUUCUGAAUACUAGGUUGUGCUCGGGAGGAAGUCAUAAAUCGAUCCACGGAGUCAACAUUCAGUUUGGAGGUCGUUAGAAGUCUCAUCGGAGCUUCGCCGGAGUUUCAUCGGAGGGUCACCGGAAAAAGCAGAAAAAUGAACUUCAACCAUACUUCAAAAGAUGGGUAUGGUUGCGAAGAGGGAGAUCCCGGGAGCACGCACGUUUCGACGAAAUUGAGUUUCGACGUCGGACGAGGGAGAAACGAGCAUCGGAAGUUUGGCACAAAAAUUGUUAAGUCCAGGUACCAUUUCUGGUAAAUCAAAAAGUUAACGGACCUUUCUGUAAUUUUCCCACAGAGACGGGUCAACACAUUUCAGUUGACUCGUAAACUUCGUACUUAGUCCCUGGUACUUUGAGUACUAACGGAAUUCGUAUUUCGUUCAUAAUUCGUUCGUUUGACGUCCAAACGACAAACCGUCUUCACCUACAGGAUCGUUAGAACAAGGAGAAUAUUUUGAAACCAAGAUUUGGAAUUUUCAGAGAUGACACAGAAUCAGUUUCGUCAUAAAUAAGGUGUGUGGGCUUACGGUAAAAGGGAACCGGAAUUACGUGUUUAUUUCUAAAUACGCAUGAUUGAGUUGAUGAUUAAUGAUUAUGAUGGAUUUGUGAUUGAUUCGUCAUAGUGAUUUUGGAUGAAAUUGUUGAUGAAGUUAACUGAUUUUUAUGAUAAUAAUUAUUAUUAAUCUCGUAUGGGAAUUGUCGACGUAUAUGGUGAACUCUGAAUAUUUUAUGAAAAUGUCUAUUGAGAUCAGAGUAAGGAAAGGAAAUUUAAGGAAUCUUGAGACGACAUUAGUCAUGAUAUAUUACGAUGAGAAUCAUUAUAUUGGUAAUAAUUGAGUUUUUGGAAUUAAUUGAUGUUAUGACUUUAAAAAGGUUGAAAUUGUGAAUUUAUAAAUUGAAUUAGAUAUGAGAAGGAAUUUUGGUCAUAAUAAUUUCAGCAACGGAUUUGUGAGCUUGGUUGGAUAUUUAGAUGGAUGAAACAUGUUUCUAUGUCGUUUUGUUAUUAAAGAGAUUAUAUUACCAUUUUUUUAAAAAUAAUGGCGAUUUAAGGGAAAAUUAUUAUAAACUGAGUAUGAUGGUUAGAUUAUUGUCACGAGUUAUUUUAAUUAAGAUUGAAGUUAAGUUAUAUUUUAAGAAUAAUUUGUAGUAAUAGUUAAUUGAGUAUUUAAUUGAAAUAUUAAAGAUAAUCUUAUUAAUGUAUUUUGACGAACGAUGAUGCAGAUUGUAUUUUAAAAAAUAAUUAUUGAGAGAUAUGUUAUUAAGGAAGACCUUUUCAAAUGAACUUUUGAUAAUCAUGAGAAUUAUAUAUUGGGUAUGGUCCCUUUUAGAAUGGUUUCAAGUUAUUAAUAUAAAUUCAUGAAAAUAAGGGGUCGUUUGGAUGGAUCAAUUGUAAAACGAGACAAUUUGACCAAUUGUUUCAUUUUACAAAACGAGUCAUUUAAAACGAGUCAAUUCAGAUUACCUGCCCCCACCCAGACAAUUGUAAUUGGCUCAAAAUGAGUUAAUUCAGAAUUCCUCAGUUCAAAUUGCUUCAUCCAAAUUUUCUGCUGCCAAAUGGAUCAAUCUAGCACAAUUGACUCAAAACGAGACAAUUGUGUCAGAUUGAUCCAUUAGAAUUCCUCAUCCAAACGACCCCUAAGAUUUUGAUCGUAAUAUGUUUAGUUGAUAUGUUGAUGAAAUUAGUUAAUGGACGAUAUGGAUAAUUUGAUGUAUUUUUAUUGUUAUUAUAUGGUUCAUAUGAUAAAAGGAUUUGAUGACGAAUAAAAUAUAUAUUGAUUAUUGAUAUGUAUGAUUAUGGCAUGAUGAUGAUGAUGAUGAUGACAGGGAUAUUGAGUGAUAGUGAUACGAUUGACGUAUAUGAGUAUGACGUGAUUAGAAUAUCGAUUGGUAUAAAUGUGAUUGGUAAAUAUAAAUAUUACCGAGAUAUUUUGUGACAAUGUUGAUAUGAUGAAUGCUUUGAUUAAUGAUGAUGUGGAUGAGAUAUUAUCAUGAUCGAUUUGUAUUUGAUGUGUUAAAUGAUUACGAUGAGUGAAUGAGGUAUUGAUAAAGUGAGUACUUGGUAGAUUUGUCAAGUUUGAUUGAAGAGAAUGAAUUACUUAUAUCAUUGAGGAGAUGAUGAUUAUAUUGAGAUCAUGCAAUGCAUCAAAGUAUGCAUAGAUGAUGUGAGAUAUGCAUGGACUGGGAAUAUCAAUGGGACGUUGUUGAUUUCUUGGAUCGAUUGAGAUAUGAUGGAAGAGAGAAAUUGAUAUUGUUUGAUCAUGUUAAAUCACAUAGACAUAGAAGGGCCUAUGCCUACCCCUAUGAGAUUGAUUGGGCUGCGGUCCUAAUGAAAGGAUUUAUGAUAAUCCUAGAUUGGAGGAGAUUGUGGUUUUUGAUAUAACCACUAAGAUGAUGAGCUCGAGCGGGGUGGGCGUAUGGUGACCUUAGCGCGCAAAUUAAUAACAAAUGGAGAGUCUGCAUUUCAUGCAUUGCAUAUGAUAUAUAUGAUGGAGAUGAUUUCCAUAAAGGAAAAUCGUGAAGUUAUAUUCGAUUGAUGAUUGAUUGAAAGAUUGAUAUGGUUAUUUCCAAAUUGGUGAUUUGAUUAUGGAUGAACGAUUGAUAUGUUUUGAUGUUCAAAUGAUGAAUUGACUUUGAAUGAAGGAUUGAUAUGAUGGAUUCAUGAGUUGAGGUAAGUUUACGAUUUUAUGUCGAUAUACGACUUGAUUAAUGAAAGUCAUACCAUGAGGAAUUGGGUUAAAGAUGAAUUUGGAUUGAUGACCUAGAAAUAAAUCUAGAGAUUAAUGAGAUUUUUGUGUGGCAUGAUAAUUUGUUGAUGAUGUGUUUUUAAACAACAAGAUGUGAUGAUGUGAUGGCAUGCUAACGAUAGUUUUGCCGUAUAGGCCAGGUCCACACACUCAGCUUAGUAGCUGACCCAUUUUUCUUUCUAGAUGUGACAGGUGUGAUAAAUUGAGGAUGACUUUGGCACUGCACAAUGAUCGAUGGAGGAUUUUGAUUUAAAAGGUUUUUUACCUAUUGAUUUAUUCUAGAACCCUUAUUUUACGAUUCGGGUUUUGAGCAUGCAUGAUAGUUUACAUUGGUCAAGUAUGAUCAUUAACUUGAGUUGAGUAUGAAUGGAGUAGAUGAGAUUGAUAGUCUGGGUUAUGUGAAUCCUGAUUUUGAGGAAGAUUGAUUAAUGUAUUGAGAAAGCGAUUUUUAGUAAAUUGUUAUGAUGAGUUGAAUUUUAAACAUAUGAUAAUGAUGUGGAUGUGAGUUGAGUCGAGAUUUUGAAAGCGUAAACCCCGAGUGAUUUCCGCUGUGUGGUUGAACCAUUGGUUCGAACCAUGAUUUUAGGGUGGGGUGUUACACGGGUUACAGUUGGUAAUGCAGAUGAUAUUAUAUUGAAGCGGCUUGCUAGUUGGAAGUAUUUGGAUAAUUAUUCUAAUUCACCUUUUGGGAGAGAUUGGUUGCUAUGGAAAUCGGAAUAUCGGGUUACUAAGAUUUCUGCUGGUGAACAUUUUGUUCAAGUAAGGGUUUCAGAUCCUGUGAAGUGUGUGGUGACUGCCAUAUAUAGUCCGAACAAGACACAUGAUAGAGUAAGGCUUUAUUCCGUUGCUUCCUCCAGUGAUUACUCGAGAACCUGGUGUGUUUAUGGGGGAUUUUAAUGCUACUUUGUGCCCUUCUGAAGCUUCAAACACUAAUGUCAUUAAUCAUAGCACAAUUGAUUUUCGGGAGUGGGUGUCUUAUUUGGGAUUAUUUGAUCACAAGGUCUUGGGAGAGUGUUAUAAAUUAGGGGUGGAAGUUUGGUUUGCGGGUUGCGGGUAACCCGCAAACCGCACCAAACCGCACACUUUGUGGAUACCCAUACCCAUAAUAUGUGGAUAGUGGGUUGGGUGUGGGUAUCAAAAUAUUGAUUUUUGUGGUAGUGGUUAACCACUACCCACAGCGUUUUACCCACAAAACCCACAUUAACCACAUUAGUUGUAUUUAUUUUUUCAAAAUACUUUGUAACCCACAUUAGUUAUAUUAGUUUGUGAAACUUGGAAGACUAAUAAUUAAAGUAGCUACCAAAAUCAAAUAUGCACUUAUUCUAUAAAACAAAACCAAGUCAAUACACAAUGUUCAUGUGAUAUACUUUUAUUAAAUAAAUAUUGUCUUUGUGGUAUAUGUUUAUUUUAUAACAAAACCAAGCCCAUAGAUAUAGUCAGAUAAAUUAAUCGAUUCGUUAAAAGAGGAGAUUAAUCGUUAAAUGUUAGUAUGAUACCCAAACUCAUCUCCAUUUCUCCACGAACUCAAGAACAACACAACAUGCAACCAGCCACCAACAAUACAAGACUAUAAUCGAA